UUCAAAAGUGCUACGAUCGUUGCCUGGCGUGAUGUACACGAGCGUCGUUUGAAGGAUGGUUUUUAAAUGACAUGGACAUAUUAAAUCGAAGGAGUGCCGAAUUGUCACAAAUAUUCGAACGUUGAAAUUUACAACCAGAAAUCGAAAAUAUUUUGAAAGCCAACGAAACUUUUUUAAAAAAUGAACCGAGGGCUAUCUGCCGGCGAGCAGAAGCUUGCGGAAAAGCUUAUCAUUUUAAAUGAACGAGGAAAAGGCAUGUUGACGCGAAUUUAUAACAUCAAAAAACAAUGUUCAGACCCAAAAUCCAGGCCUGCAUUCCUCAGUGACAAACCGUUGGAAGGUACAAUAAAGACUAUUGUCCGGAAGUUUCCCAACUUUGAGAGCCAUUUGAAGGGUCAGACCCAACCAAUUCAAGGCCAAGAGAAAGACAUUGUCAAAGGAUUAUCAAAUUAUUAUUACACAUUUGUGGAUGUGAUGCAGUUCAAAGAUCACACCAGUGAACUACUCACAAUGAUUGAUGCAAGUUUUGUUCACUUUGAUAUUGCAUUAAAUUUCGACCUAACAAGAGCAUAUCUUGAUCUUAUUGUUACCUACGUAUCUCUGAUGUUAUUAAUCGCUCGUGUUGACGAUCGCAAAGCUGUUUUAGGAUUGUUUAAUUAUGCCUACGAAGCUCAGAAUGGCCGCAGCGACGAGUACUUUCCAAGAUUGGGGCAACUUAUUAUCGACUAUGAAUAUCCACUCAAACGAUUAUCAGAAGAUUUCACAACACAUCAGCAGCGGGUCUCUCAAGCUCUUCAAUCUGUUCAUAACAUUUACCACAGACGGAACCACACCGGAGCACAGUGGAGGCAAUCCCAGUUGUUGAGUAUCAUCAGCGCUCCCGCUACGAUGCUUGAACCAGCUCAAAGUGAAGUGGUUGCCUGCGAAUACCUUCCGCUAUCUACCAUGAAUAAAUGGAUUUUAUUCUGUUACUGCUUGUGCUAUAAUCACAUCAAUGAUCCCGGUGCAAUUGAAGUCUGGAAGGCAGCUUUAGGAGAUGGAUUUUGUUUGUCUUUGUGUCGAGACGAAGUUUAUAUGGUCCACAAAGAGUUUCAUAGUUUUUUUGAUGCUUUGAAAGGCCAAAGCAAAAGAGCGAAAGAAAUUCAGGAAUGUGGUUCGCUUGCUCUUAGCAACAGUCCAGGAAUACAUCGAGAAAGAAGGAACUACUUGAGAGCAGCGAUGCAGGAACUGUCUCAUAUUAUUAGCGAUCAGCCCGGCUUGUUUGGUCCAAAGGCUCUUGUCGUAGUACAAGCUCUGUCUUUGGCUUCAGAUGAAGUUCAUUGGCUCGUCAGACACAAGGAACACAAUCCUCCAAAAGGAAAGAAAAAUCCUGAUGAUUAUACUGACACGAGACUAUCCCAUAUGCUGUUUUUAAUCGAAGAACUACACGCCAUGAUGUUAAAAUAUUCGUCUGUUUUGCAACGUUAUUACAUACAAUACAUGUCAGGGUUUGAUAACAGCCUUUUGAAGGACAUUCUCCAGAAAAUUGCCAUUGUUCCUGAAGAUGUUUCAUUAUUGAUGACUUCGUUUACCACUACCCUGGCAAGCUUGAGUGUUAAGCAAGUUGAAAGUAAUACAGAAUUCGACUUCGAUGGCUUAAGACUGGAUUGGAUUCGACUUCAGGCAUACACAAGUAUCCGAGGCGCUGCGCCCGAAAUCAAAGACAUUCGCGACAUGGCAAUGUUAUUAAACACAAUAUCAUUUCAUUCAAAACUCGUCGACAAUCAGGAAGGCUUACUCAGCGAGGUGGCUGACCUAACACUUUUCUGUUUUUAUCCGAACUCUUUGGUAGAAGAGGCUUUCCAUCAAUGUCUAACCAGUUUAGGUCAACAGAAAUUCUCCAUCGCUUUCCCACUUCUUUGCAGUCAUUUCAUGUCAGCCACGAACCCCUUUUGCCCCGAAGAGCGUCAUCUUUUGGGCGAGAGAAGUCUCUCUGCGGUAAACAUGUUCCUCGACGCCAUUGCGAAACAGGCCAAGGAGGUCGUACAACUAUAUUGCAAGGAACAUCUGAAACUGUUUUACCAGCUUGAUCCACUCAACGCGUUACAUCUUCUGGAAGACGCCGCUGCCGCCAAGAAAAAGGAUAAAAACAAAAAAAAUCAACAACCACAAAUGCCGAAGCCAGGGGAAGAGAGUUUUAGGAAAACACGAGAGUCAUUAACACAGCUUGAUGCAAAGUUACUAGCGCUCUCUGAUCUCUCUGUUGCACUGAACUACGUUUCCCAUAUUCAAGUUUGGGAACACAACUUCGCCCCGAAGGAGUUCCUCGCUGUUCAUCUCGAAGAUUUCUUUAGCAAGUCUGUCGUGAAAUUGACCGGUUACGACUCCGAUAAACAAGAAAUAAAUCGUCCGUCGGAAUUACUAAAUAACGUGAAAGUUCUCAUGGGAGUUUUGCGAUGCGUGGAGAAUUAUGCAAAUGUGGACAUGUCUAGGAUAUGUAAUCACGCAAUGUUACAACAGACACAACCAGUGGAUAGCCAUGGAGGCAUUACCGUGUGUGGGAUGUACUCUCAAUGGUAUGUGGACAUUUUACUUCGUCAAGUCUCGACGGGUAAUUUGCUGUACUCGCCAAACAGAAAGUCGUUUAUAACCAAAACAGCGACAACGAACUUCAAAGCAGAUGAGUUUACCGAUCCUGUUGAACUGAGAGCUCUAGCGACACUUCUUGGUCCGUAUGGCAUGAAGUAUCUGGGCGAUCGAAUGCUACAACAGAUAGCGAGUCAAAUGGGUGAAGUGAAAAAACUAGUCAAAAACAACAAGGAUGUUCUGGCGAGUUUGAGGAAUUCUUUCGACAAACACGAACAGAGCUUAGAGCUUGUUCGACGAUUAAAAAACACAGAUGAUCUUCUCAUCCGUAUGACAAUUGUCGGAGUGAUUUUGGCUUUCAGAGAACUGACACAGGAGGCCUUACGUGAUGUUCUCGAGAAGCGAGUUCCAUUCCUAGUUUGUUACGUGAAUGACUUUCAGGAAAACUACCGAAAGGAAAAUGAGCAUCGUGUUUUGGUAGAUGAUAUGGCAAUAUCCGCUGGCUACAAAUGUGACAUAGAUCGUCCACUAUGCAACGCUAUGAGGCAGCACAAAGAGAAAAAACUCGAAGAGGAUAUUCAGAUUUGGUCACUUUUACUGGUGUUCCUUGGAGUUUGCAUUCCAUUUCAAGCCAACAAAGACGAAUGCGAAUAUAACCCAAACCUUGAAGCUCACGAGAAUAAUUUCCACUGUUUGGCAAAAGCAAUUGAUCGCAUUUCAGUGGCCUUGUGCUCGAACAACGGAGAUAACAUCGAAGUGAGAUUGAGAGAAUUCCUUGUGAUUGCCUCUUCAAGUCUGUUAAAACUUGGUUUAGAGAGUGAAAAAGAUAUGCCCAAGAACAGGGAAUCAGUCUAUCUAUUACUUGAUAUGAUAAUCCAAGAGUCACCUUUCCUAACCAUGGACAUACUGGAGUCUUGUUUUCCAUACAGUUUACUACGCAAUGCUUAUCACCAAGUUUAUAAGAAACCUCGUGCUGGUAAGAAAGCUCGUUCAGCCGUGACAACAGCUGUUGAAGAUUCUAGCGUCCUAUAAGAGGAUUACUCCUCCUGUAACAUUAGCGAGUUUAAGAUACACGAAAUCUACGACGGGACGUGAAAUAAAACUGCUCUAAUUUCCACAGUUUCCCAACAGGAGUGAAAAUUAUAGACUCUUUUUGAUAAACGAUGUCAAACCUGUAAGUAAAACAAAUUAAUACUGGUUUCCUAACGCUAGUAUAGCAUUUUCAUGUCACGUCCGCGUCGUACAUAGAUUUAGUGCAUCUAAAACUCGCUAUUAUUAUCAUCCGACGAAUGCAAAGACUGUGGAAAACAUGUAUGGCAAGAAUCAUGUGUAUACAACCGCCGCAAUUAAUGGCAGCAUUUUGGAAUAAAAACAAUAAAUUAAUUUCAUGUAUCUGUAAAAGAAUGUAAUUGAUAUAGCGUGUAAAUGUGCAACCAAUUUUGUACAUCUAUAUAUUUUUUAUAUGAAUUUGUAAUGUUCCAUUUUUUCACGAUCCAGUGAAAUAUACAGAAUAUAAAC